GUAAUCUAUAUUUAUACAAUUUUGCUUGAAUAUUAAUAUAUAUGGUAAUUGUUGUCACAAGUUAUUAAAAUGAUAACUUAAAGUAUGACUUCUUCAAACUACGUUAAUCAAUAAUACAAAAAUAUAUUUUGUACAUAAAUGAGAUAUAUGUAGUCAUUUUUGUUAAAACUGUAAUUAUUUAAAAUAAAAAAUAAAACAUUUACUUACUAAAAAAAAAAACGAAAUGGUGUUGUACACAGUAUUGCAUGAUUUUGUCAUUUAUGUUGGUACUUUGUACUUGAUAAAUGGUAACACUGGCGUUAUGCAUUUAUGUCCAGUUAGAGAAAACCCUUACUCACUUUCAGCUGAAARGCGCUCAUUUAUUUCAAAACGCUUGGCUGCUAUUAAAGUUCAGAAUAUUUUUGGUUGAAAAAUGUUUUAAGUGUUUUUCUCAAAAUUUAUAAAUCAACGAUCUAUAAAAAUGAAAAUAUGUGUCCUAAUGAUGUACUUUUGGACAACGGCGUAUAGUCAAAAUGGAUAUUCUAACGAAAAACCAUCAGUGGGUAGAAAAUUAUGUCCGCCAAUGGAAAACGUACCGCAGCCCAUUAAUCGAGUCAACACGUCUGCUAUACUUCAUGAGUUGAGAAAUGAAAUGAAGAAAAGAAAUGCACACCAUGGACCACCAAUUGAUGCAUAUAUAGUCCCAGAUACGGACGAACAUCAAAACGAAGAAGUGGCGGAUCACGACAAAAGACUGAAAUACCUGUCGGGAUUCAGUGGCACCGGUGGGGUGGCCGUGGUAACACAGACCAAAGCUGUUUUCUGGACCGAGUGGAUGUACCACAAACAGGCGGACGAAGAACUGUCUUGCGAUUGGCAGCUGUUUGUCCACGGAGAAUCGAAAAGGCUGGACGAAUGGUUGCUGGAUGAGUUCAAACCCAAUUCCAGGGUGGGCGCCGAUCUUAAGCUCAUCUCGAACGGUGACUGGGAGUUUUUGUUUCACGCGCUGGCAAACGAAUCCAUCAGUCUAGUGCCCAUCAACAACAACAUAAUUGAUAUGAUAUGGAUAGACAACCGGCCCGAUUAUCCGACACGCGAAGCUUACGUCUGGCCACUGGAAUACGCAGGCAAGAGAUGGCAAGACAAAUUGGAUGCAACUCGGGAUAAAAUCAAAGCCAUGGGGUGCGACGCUAUGAUUGUGACGGCUCUGGACGAAAUCGCGUGGCUUUUGAAUAUUCGCGGUCAUGACAUACCUUACGGUCCUUUCCUCAAGUCGUACGUCAUCGUAAGCAAGGACCAGCUACACCUGUACACCGAUUCCGUGAAGCUCAGUCCGGACGUUCGGAGACAUCUGCAUACGGACAAUUGUAUUUCAGCCCAUUGCGCUAGGCUUCACGAUUACGAAGCCAUAUGGAUCGAUCUGAGGACGCUGUCGCAGAUUUGGCAAAAAGUGUUAAUACCGUCUGCCACGGAGUUCCACAACGGCGCAAGUAGAUGCAUUUACAUUUUGAUCAAUAUUGAAAAGAGAAAGCAAGCUCCUUCGCCAAUUAUGUACAUGAUGGCAGAAAAGAAUUCCGUCGAAAAGGAAGGAAUGCGACUCUCACACAUUAGAGAUUCAGCGGCUAUGUGUAAUAUAUUGGCCAAGCUUAACGAUCAGUUUAAAAACGGACAGCAACUCACCGAACUUGCCGUGGCCAACAUGGUGGAUAAGUACAGAAAUGAACAAAACUUCAGUCGAGGUGCCAGCUUCCGGUCCAUUGUAGGGUACGGGCCCAACGGGGCUAUACCUCAUUAUACGCCGUCGACAUCGAGCAGCUUGAAACUUGAUCACAUCAGCACAUUGGUCAUUGACAGCGGUUCACAUUACUGGGAUGGAACUACGGACGUGACCAGAACGGUGCAUUUUGGACAGCCAUCAGCCGAACAAAUCGAAGCAUACACGAGGGUGUUGAUGGCGUCUAUUGAUCUUGCGUCGUUCACAUUUCCGUAUAAUUUGAAACUCAAUCAGAUUGACGUAAUUGCCAGAGCACCGCUUUGGGAUUUCAAUUACGAUUACAAUCACGGUACCAGCCAUGGGAUUGGAGUGUUUCUCAAGGUCCACGAACCACCUGUUAAUAUGUAUUACGGACAAAAGACAAGUGACGUAGUGCUCAAGGAAGGAUAUUUCAUAUCUGACGAACCCGGUUAUUAUAAAGAAAAUCAUUUUGGCGUACGUCUAGAAACUAUAUUAGAAGUGAUAACAAAGAACGAAACAAUGGGUCAGUAUUUGACGUUCGUGCCGAUCACUCUAGUGCCGUUUGAACCAAAGCUUAUCGAUUACUACAUGCUGAGCCCAAAACAAGUGCGUUGGCUAAACGAGUACAACGAAAAGAUCCGGAAGAUGGUGGGCACCGAGCUUCUCAAGAACAACAACAGCCGACUGGGCUACGAAUGGAUGAUGGACCGAACGAUGCCGUUGUUUUCGGGAGGAAGUCGGAACGAGGUCUCUUCCUUGGUUGUAGCUGCGCUACUUGUCGCCAUUGCCACCAUCAACCACGUGGCCGUUUAGARUUUCAAAUACCGAUCCCCCUCAAACWUUGUAUUAUUAUUAUUUCUGCGUUAUUAUUAUUUGAAAUCGAUUAGCAAAAUGCGUAAUACAAAAAACGCGUGUGUUGCGUUGACGCCGAUAGACGCCAUUACGCCAAUGACUUAAUACAAUUAAGCUUAUAGGUACAUAAUAAUAAACGUUAAAAAAAUAUUCAAAUAUUCUAAAAUGAUGUUCCGUCGAACGUGUAAUAAAAAUAAAUAUGACAAGAUGCGUAAAAUAUAAGGAGUACGUAUGUCAAACAGCGGUCUUUGAAAAACAAUAAUAUUUAUAA